AUCUGUAGUAGACGUUCUGGCACACACGCACACAAACACACACUUGGGCACACUGUUGACAGGUCUAUCUUUGUGUGGCAUCCUACUCACUCCCUCAUUGCCAUAACAACCGAAGGCAUUAGCAUGAUUCAAUAAAACAUCCGGGUGUAGAUUAUAUGCUUCAGUUGUAUGGCGCGUUUAGCAAGAGUAGGUUGUAUUUUGAGGGGCUAGACGGCGACUACUGUGCUUGUUUUGUCUGGUGGAGGGUGACAUAGCCUAUACAGGGUUACCCCUGAACAAUUUAGGUUUCUUACGUCAACUGUUUAAGCCGUGAGUAUAAACGAAUGUUACAGUGAAGUCGCGUGGUCCCGUUUGGUACGUGCUGAUAGAGUGAGUGAGAGUCGAGAGAGAGAGAGAGUGCAGGGCGACCCGAGGCGACGGUGACAUUUCCACCGUUGAAAGCCGGCAAGAGAACAUCAUCGCCCGCGCGGUGACUUUGAUGCGCGUGGCUGUGCUCGUCAGAGGGGAGUGGAAUCCAAAGCGUGGGAAAGAAGCAAGCGGCAGCUUCUUCUCCGGGGGAUCUGAAACUGUUCGAAGCAUCUACGGCUUUUCCCGUUUGCACCAUGGCGCGGGAGAACGGAGACUCCGGGAAAUGCUCGUGGAAAAAGCAAGUGGAUGACAUCAAGAAGAUAUUUGAAUUCAAGGAGAUCCUCGGAACAGGUGCGUUCUCAGAGGUGGUGCUGGCCCAGGAUAGAGCCACAGGUCACAUGUAUGCAGUGAAGUGCAUUCCCAAGAAGGCCCUGAAGGGGAAAGAGAGCAGCAUUGAGAACGAAAUCGCCGUCCUCCGCAGGAUUAAGCAUGAGAACAUCGUGGCUCUGGACGACAUAUACGAGAGUUCCAACCAUCUGUACCUGAUCAUGCAGCUGGUGUCUGGGGGAGAGCUGUUCGACCGCAUCGUGGAGAAAGGCUUCUACACAGAGAAAGAUGCAAGCACACUUAUCAAACAAGUGCUGGACGCAGUCAACUACCUCCACAAGAUGGGCAUCGUGCACAGAGACCUGAAGCCGGAGAACCUGCUUUACUACAAUGCCCAGGACUGUUCUAAGAUCAUGAUCAGCGACUUUGGCCUGUCUAAGAUGGAGGGCACAGGGGAUGUCAUGUCCACAGCCUGCGGCACUCCAGGAUAUGUUGCUCCAGAGGUGCUGGCACAGAAGCCGUACAGUAAGGCGGUGGACUGCUGGUCCAUCGGAGUCAUCGCCUACAUCUUGUUGUGUGGGUACCCUCCUUUCUACGAUGAGAAUGACUCCAAACUCUUUGAACAGAUUCUCAAAGCCGACUAUGAGUUUGAUGCACCUUACUGGGAUGAUAUAUCUGACUCAGCUAAAGACUUCAUAAACAGUUUAAUGGAGAAGGACCCGGCCAAGAGGUACACAUGUGACCAAGCGCUUCGGCACCCCUGGAUUUCUGGGGACACAGCUCUGUGCAAAAACAUCCACGAGUCCGUCAGCAGAAAUAUGCGCAAGAACUUUGCCAAAAGCAAAUGGAGACAAGCAUUCAAUGCCACGGCGGUGGUGCGGCACAUGCGGAGGCUGCAGCUGGGCAGUAGCAUGGGCAGCAGCAUGGGCAGCAGCAUGGAUGGGCCGCACCCGGCCGGCACCAACCCGACCCGAAGCCAAAGCCAAACGCAAAGCCAGAGCCAAACACCAAACCAGACGCAGGCCCAGACCAAGACGUCUGACCCGAUGACACCAAACCAGAACCAGAGCCCAGAUGCCGCUGGGCAGAGCCAGAACGCCGUGCUUCUCAAGAGUCCUGCCGUAGAUGCCACUUCUGCGCCCUGCAAGGACUGUCCCGCCCCUUCCUCCACCCCCUGCAGUCUGGCCUCUGCUGCUUCCUCCACUGCUGCAGGGGUGGAGUCCUGCCGACCACGCCCUUCCACUGUCGCCACGGUGAUCACGGGGCCCAAGUGACGCCAGGUCCUGCGGGGAGAGAGCUGGGAGGCGACCGCACUGUGAGCCUCGUCGCCCAACCCACUCCCCGCCCUGCCGCGGAGAGGCAGAGGACUGUCUGAUUGCCAUAGCUCACCACACACACACACACACACACACACACACACACACACACACACACACACACGAAUACAUACAGACACAGAACACAUGCACAUAGAUUCACACACACAUGCUGUUUGCAGAUAUUUUGUUGACAAACAGCAGGGGGCAAUUUAUAUUGCUGCUGGUUUUGCAGGUCCAUUGAGCUGUGUGUGUGUUUAUGGGUGCAGGCUACCUGGUUGUAUAAUUGUGUGUGUGUGUGUGUGCGUGUGUUUGUGUGUGAGAUAGUGUUCAGGAGCCAGUGUUGUCAUGACACGUAAACGUACUUCUCUUCUUUGUCAUUUUUCAUCUCCAGUUCUACCUUUCCAACUCAGUUUUUCUAUUCCUUUUCAGUUGUGCUUCUCCUUUUGCGCUCUUUUAUCUCUACUUCUUUCUGUUGUUUUCCUCAGACUCCUUGUUGUUGCUUUAUGCAUACGUGUCGCUAAAGUGCUUUACGAGUUCCAAAACGACUGUUGAGUGCUGUAUCCUGAGUCUGGGCGUUUUGUCCUAUUUGCACAGGAGAUGUAGAAGUGAUGUGUGUAUACAGCUACGAGUCACACUAGUCAAAGUGGAGUUGACUUGUCUACAGUAUAUGAUGGAGAAAUAGAUUGUCAAACAGUUUAAAAAAAAUAUAUCCCCUCUUCAGAGUGAGGAGGUGUCAGAGCAUUGUAUAAUUUUGUCGUUAAUGGAAACAUGCAAUAUGUUUUAAUUAUUUUCUUACUUGACAAGACUCUUUUUUGUAAAAAGCACUCUCCUCUAGGACAGGGCAGACAGCAUAGCGCUACGCUGUGUGGUGUUUCUGCAGGGUGAUUGAUCUGCAGGGUGAUUGAUCAGGUUUGAGCUCUCUCUCUUGGUCUGUUCUGCUGCAGAAUGGCAUUUUGAUCCAUUAGUCAAGUGUUUUUCGUUUUUUUUUUACUUGAAAGAUGGUAGAACUGUUAACCCCUCAGAAGCGCUCUUCCCCAGCCCCCCCCCCCC